UAAAUCAACAGUAAGGCAAGGCAAGAAAAUCCUUUGUUUAUAAUGGCUUUACUGGUGGUCAUGCUUGUAGCUUUGUUAGCAUCUUCUUUAAUCAUUUUAAGUUACAAUGGAGUCUACGGAGGAAGAACCUUCUCCAUGGAAGAAGAAGAUCUCGAGUUGGAGAGACAACUCAAACUAAUGAACAAGCCUGCAGUCAAGAGUAUCAAUACGAAACAUGGUGAAAUCUAUGAUUGUGUUGAUUUUUACAAACAACCAGCCUUCGACAACCCAUUACUCAAGAACCAUAUACCUGAGAUGAGUUCUUCGGCUCCAAGAGAGACUACUAAAGAAGCUUCUUUAGGAGUUGAUCCUAGUGAUGAUCUCAGACUUGAUGGCGGGGGUUGCCCAACAGGAACAGUCCCCAUUAGGAGGACAACAAGAGAAGAUUUAAUAAGGUGGAAAUCCUAUUCAAAUACUUCUGGAAAUUUUCAUCAAUUCUUAGAUGAAGGGCCCGGUAAACAUUUUGCAGGGUUUCAAAUGAAAGAUGAAAACAAGAAAUAUCAUGGAGUUUCAGCGAUCAUGAGCCUACACAAUCCCUCAGUCUCCAGUAAUCAAUACAGUGGAGCUUUGAUCUGGGCACAACGUGGACAAAACCGUGUACAAGUUGGAUGGCAUGUAAAUCCUAAAUUAUAUGGUGACACAAAAUCCCAUUUUUUUGGGCAUUGGACUGCAGAUGGGUCUCAAAAGACUGGCUGCUUCAAUUCCAUAUGCAAUGGUUUCGUUCAAGUUAACAAAGAAGUACCACUUGGUCAAGUUAUUACCAAAACAUCUACCUAUGGUGAAGAUCCAUUUACAGUGCCAUUGUUUAUUUCCCAGCGUAAAGACGGCGGAGGAAGUUGGUGGCUAUCAAUUGGAGAUAAACCUACUGAUGUUGGGUAUUGGCCAAAAGAGUUAUUCAACAGUAUAAUAGAAUCUGCUUCUGUGGUUGGUUGGAGAGGGGAGGUUUAUGCUCCUCAAGGUGAAAAAACUCCCCCAAUGGGGACUGGAGAUUUCAAUUCACCUCCUGGUGAAGGUAUAAACUUCAGAAAAACUGCCUACUUCAGAGUGGUCCAAGUUUACGGGGAAGAUUACAAUGGUGCAAAUCCUAACGAAUCUAGUCUUGAAAGCCUCUCAUUUGGGUGCUACCGUUCUGACCAUUAUCCCAACGCUGAUGACUUGUGGAGGCAUACUUGCUUUUAUGGUGGUCCUGGGGAAACUUGCUAAUCUCUCUCUCUCAUGACCAAGCUAGUCACUGAUGACUAAGGAUUGGUCAAUAGUAUUGGGAUUACGCUUGUCCAUGAUGAUCAAAAUUUUCAAAUUCUAAUAAAUUUUAUGAGAAAUC